AUGGCCGAGAAACAUGGGAAAAAAGCUAUGAAAACCAAGUAUGAAAAUAGAAAGACUAGCAUUCUAAAAAAGAGUAAAGAACUAUCUACUCUGUGUGAUGUUCAGGUGUGUGUCAUUGUUGUUUCUCCUGAUGGGAAAUUGGAGACUUGGCCGGACAACCUUAAUGAUGUGAAGGCGGUUCUGAGUACAGUGAAAGAAUCUCGUAAGCCCAUCCGUUCUGAAAAUCUCCGGGAAAUUGGAGAUCGCAGCAGGUUGUGUUCAAGAAUCAAGAUUCCCAAGUCCGUUAAAGGCAAGGAAAUCGACGUAGAAAAUUGCGGGAAUAAUGGUGCGGGUGUUGUGGACGAGGAGGAAUUGUAUGAUGUUUCUGGAGCCGAUCAAGAAAAUAAUAAUGCGAAGCAGGACAACACUUUUGGAACAGGCAUUCCAGCUGGAAUGAGCCAUGUUGAUAUGAGGGUAAAUCAAACGCCCACUUCUCAUUAUUCUUAUUAUCAUCAAUGGAAUGGGAAUGGGAAUGGGAAUGGGGAGAUUAAUUGUGAGAAAUUUGGAAAGUACAUUGGAGAUAUGGUGACAAAUCAAGAGUCGUAUAAUCUUGCUGCCUAUUAUGGGUGUGGAAGUAGUAGCAGCUCUAUGAACCCUAAAACCCAGUUUUGUAAUAUGCACCCAAAUCAAGAACCCAGUCCUCAUCAGUAUGAGAUGGGGAGUAGCAGUUCAAGUGCUUUUAACUUUGGAUUCAACUUCUCAAAUCAACAACAACCCACUCCUCUUAUUGCUUAUCAUCAUCAACAACACUAUGAUGUUAUUGGGAAUAAUAUCAGUGCUUUAAACACUACUGAUGGACUCAAUAACAAUAUGCAAAAAAUAGAGAAAAAAACAAAUAUGAAUAUAAUAAUUCAAAAAAAAAUAUUUAAUGUCAGUUUUAUCUAA